AAUAGUUUUAGAAGACUGGUCUAAUUUUUCCGAUUCCGUACGCACCGUUAUCUCAUCUGGUGUAGCCAGUUCCCUUGAUUACAGUGUAAGCUAAUUGUUGCUGCAGAUUCUCCGCAAAUGGACCGCUACAUAUAUGCGUGGUGUAGCCUCCCUUUUGUGCUAUUAUGACCAUGUGGACCACUGUACUCUGUCUCUGCUUCGCCAGUGCAAUUUCAGCUGCACCUCUUGGGCCAUUCUUCAGUUACCUUCCUCAGUAUGACAGUCCAAGACAAUCGGGUCCUUCAACACAGGGGAACAAUGUUCACUACUCACAGCCAGGCUUCAAUGCCCCAGUCAGCAUGGAAAUAGUAUUUCCCCAGCGGUACCCCACCAACCCUGCAGGAGGCUCCCCCAACGGCCCUGUAUAUCGUUCACAGGCUUUCAUCAAGUACUCCAUACCCAAAGCCCCUGGUCGCAAGAGUGUAGAAGUGUAUUACCCUUAUGAUUUCGGGCAGCAGAACUUCCCAAAUGUUCCACAAAUGCCCCCAGCUACAAACCUUUUCCCAUUCAACUUCCCUGUCCCACCACAAACUGUUCCUCAGCAGCCUCCUCAGGUCCCACCGUACCAGCCACUCCAACCCCAGGACACACUGCAGUUAGCGCAGCAGGAGCAGCAGGCCCAGCAGGCCCAGGCAGGAGGAACGUUACCGUGAAGGAAUAACCUGAAUGUUUCCUAGAUACUUGAAGACACUAUAAUAUUUUAUCUUUCAUUUAAAUUAUAUUUGUUGUUGUUACUAGUAUGCAUAAAUGACCAGAUGUGUUGUGUUUUGCAUUUUUACCCAUAGAAGCAUGUAAAUGCUAUGAAGAUACUUUUUUAGAAACAAUGUUAUUAUUGCACUGAUUAUACUGACUAAUGCCUAA